UCACACCAGAUUGAGCUCGUCACUGGUUUUCUAGGCAACACACCUGAAAGCAAUUUUUCUCACAAAAUGGCCUUCGUUUCGAAUGAUGUGAGGAUAGCCGAUGAUUCAAGGGAAUUGUACUUUAAUAAGCACAUCGAUUACAUAGCAAAUCAUGGCAACGACAAGAACGAUUAUGAGUAUUGCAUGACCGAAUUCCUUCGAAUGUCCGGCAUCUACUGGGGUGUGACGGGUUUAGAUCUUAUGAACGAACUGGAUCGACUGGAUAAGCAGCUAAUCAUAGAUUUCGUGAAAAAAUGUCAAUGUCCGGUAACGGGUGGUAUAUCCGCAUGUGAAGGUCACGAUCCACACAUGCUGUACACGCUCAGUGCCGUUCAAAUUCUGAUCAUUUAUGAUUGCCUGGAUGCCAUCGAUGUGGAUAUGGUGGCAAAAUAUGUGGCCUCACUGCAACAAUUAGAUGGAAGCUUCUUUGGAGAUAAGUGGGGAGAAGUGGACACACGGUUCUCAUUUUGCGCAGUUGCUAUUUUGAGCUUGAUCGGCCGAAUGGACGUAAUGGAUGUGGAUAAAGCCGUCAACUUUGUAAUGUCAUGCUGCAAUUCAGACGGAGGCUUUGGUUCGAAACCCAAUGCCGAAAGUCACGCCGGGCUUAUUUAUUGCUGUGUCGGGUUCCUAUCGAUAACGGAUCAGCUGCACCGACUGGAUUGCGAACGCCUGGCAUGGUGGUUAUGCGAACGACAGCUUCCUAGUGGCGGUCUAAACGGGCGACCCGAGAAACUACCAGACGUGUGCUAUUCCUGGUGGGUGUUGGCUUCCUUGACGAUCAUCGGACGGUUGCAUUGGAUCAGUGCGGAAAAGUUGGAAAAUUUCAUUCUCUCCUGCCAGGACGCCGAAACUGGUGGGUUUGCCGAUCGAACCGGAAAUCUACCAGAUAUUUUCCACACGCUCUUUGGGUUGGGCGCGCUCUCAUUGCUCGGUGAUAAACGAUUGAAGCCGGUUAAUCCCACAUUCUGCAUGCCGCAGUACGUUAUUGAUCGGUGUCGAUUGAACCCAAGAGUAAUAACGCUUUAAAAAGAACGAACUUGCAAUAGAUUUAUUGUGUACCAAACAAAAUUUUACAGUCAACAUGAAAUAAGUAAAUUAUAAC